AUGACGGUGACCUAUCAUAGGUUUCCGAAUCCAGGAACUACUAAUUUUACCAGGGCUCAUUCAACUGUAGUGGAAGAACUACUCAAUGAAAAGGAAAAUAUCUUUCACCAGAAUAUAGAACAGUCCAGUGAAGCAACUGCACAGCCAAAGUUAAGAGUGCCACUGUCUGAAAUUGAAAAUAUUGUAGUGGAACCUUGUACCAGUGCAAAGUCAUCAACACAAACUUUAGUGGAUGUCGCAAGAACAACUGGAUUCAUUGACAGCGUGCAGAAUGAACUCAAUGUGGCAACCUGUAGCAAGUCAAAUUUGACCAAAAAACGUACUAAAAUCCUAGCUAACCUAGGUGUCACAAAACAUGAUAUUGAAGUAACCUCAGAUUUUCAAUGCAAUGAGAAGCCUGUAAAAGGUACAGUGAAAUGGAGCCACAUUGAAGCAUUUUAUCAGUUGGACAAAACCAACCCCAAUUUAGUUUAUGCUCCUCAACUGACAGAUAAUCAUUUGCGUCCAAAUUGUCAGCAGAAAAUGAGAGUAAAAUUAGCAGCACAAGUGUUUAGCCACUCUGUUACAACUGGCAUGUUAAUGAAAAUUGCUCAAAAUGAACUUCCGGCCGAAGCCCAUAAAUCUGAGAAAUGA